GGAUGCAGCUGUCACUUGGGCCAAACCCGUCGUCCGCGAAUCGCGAGAGUGUUUUAAUCGCGUGAAAAUAAUCCUAGAAAAUAGUCCAGUUAUUAGCGCAAAAUCCCAAUCCGAAUCGUCCGUCUGGAUCCGCGCGCGUGUGAUUUCCGGGUUUCUGAAAAUCGAGUGAAUGGCGUGAAGUUGUGGAAAUUGGAGUGCUGCUUGUGGAAGGAAGAGGGGCAAUUUUUUUUCUUCCUGGCGAAAGUGAAACCCCCCCCCUCGAAAAGAUUCGCGCGGAGAUCUGGGGGAGAGCUGAGUGCUAUUAUUAUUACGAUUGCCGCGGGUUCUCGGGGGGCCUUCUGCUGAAGGAGGGGAGGAUAUUCGAGAUAACGUGAUGCAUCGUCGUCCCCAGUGUAGUGCAGCAGAUCUUUAGAAGGAUUACCCAUAGGCGAAGCAGCUUCUUCGAAAACUGAGGAACAUCCGACGCUUGUGGAGUCAGGAUGUGCCACCAGCUUCGGGCGGACCAAUUUCGGAAACAGCAGAUAUCAGUCACCUUCGAUCGUAGCAUACGCGAAAACGAUCGGGAGGUGCUUUAGAAUCAACGAACGCACUGUUGACGAACGAACAUUCCUCCAGCUCUGUACUACGACUCCGGACUCGAAAGAACCCCCGGGCGCGUUGACGACGCAAUCGAAUUGAAGCCACCAGGAAUUGACCAUCUAGUGGAGUAGUAGAAACUUAAUCUCAGCACCAGCAGCAGCAGCAGAUUUAGCAAACCAGCCAUGCGGACGAAACAUUUCCUCCUGAUUCUGAUCGGCGUGAUAACGACCAGCGUGCUCUUGAUACUGUUGGGACCGGCCGGCCAGCAGAAUGACUCGAUCAAGAACAUUAUGUCGCAGACGCACGAGCAGUUGCGCAACCUGCAGAAAAACAUGGUCCGGGACAGCAGCGAGCAGCACCCGGAAAUGGACCCGAAGUACCUGGCCCUGCUCGGGUUCACCCAGCCGCUGUACAACGGCACGCGGCACAACUUCUCGAUCGUAACGUACGCCCUGGCCGGUGAGGUGGCCUCGACCAUUCUGUACGCACAAAACAUCGCGACCAAGCUGCCAAACGAGCAGCUGCUGAUCUACGACCUCGGGCUGUCCGAGGUCGACCUGCACACGCUGCAGGCCUUCUGCAACAGCACGCGCUGCACUGUGAUAAGCUUUGGCGAUCGGCUCGCCCCGUUGCCGUCGUACGUGACCGACGAAAACAUGCACGCGUUCCGGCCGAUCGUGAUCCACGACGCGCUCGCCCGGGCCCGCUCCAUCCUCUUCACCGAGAACAGCGUCCGGCUGCGGGGCACCGGCAAGGAUGUGGCCGAUAUGCGAACCAAGACUGAGAACAGCACCAGUGGCGUGAUGGGCUGGACGACCCAGCAGGCGGUCACCAGUCGGACGCAUCCGAAGAUGUUCGACUACUUUGACACCGAGGCGGACAAUUUCCUCUUUCUGCCGAUGGUUUCGCUGGACUUUGUGUUCUUCGCUGGGACGCCGACGGUCAACGAGAAGAUUAUGCUGCCCUGGGUGCGCUGCAUGCUGACGCCCGAGUGUUUGCACCCUAUCGGUGCCCAGUCCGGCGGCUGCAAGUACAACAAGAAGCCCCAGUACCGGUACUCGGGCUGCCACGGGUACGACACGUCCGCCUUCAACAUCAUCCUCGGGUACACGUUCGGCUUCGACGAGACCAAGUACUCGACGCACGAGGACUCCUCCUCGGGGCGUCUGUUCUAUCUCGAGACGCUCGAGCAGGCGACGCGGAUCCUCGAGAACCGGCGCAAAAACAUCAGCGACACCUCGGAGCACCCGUUCACGGACGACCAGUAGGAGGAGGAGGGGGAUUUCAGCAGAAAAAAAGUCAUUAGUUUAGCAGCUACUUAAAAAAAAAUGAAAGAAAGAGCGAGAGUGCGAAUCAGGGGUAAGUAUGAGAAGAGAUUAUACGAAGAACUCGUGACCAAAGGUUUGAACAGCGCGCUCAACUUGUUGGGAGUUAUCUGUUGUUUCAGAAUAUUAUUGUACAUUUUUUUUCUAUUUUCGAAUCAACUCUUCACAGUUUCUGUACAGUUUAGUUCGCUAAGUUAAAAAUUCAAACUCUUGCAUUGGUAGGCACGGAUAGUCGGUCCGUUACGAUAUAAGAUAAACUUGUGUGAUUUAUUCGUGUAAGAACAACUCUCGGUUUAAGGAUUAAGCAAAGUUGCACAAACAAACAAAAAACAGUGGCCAAGGUAGAGAAAAAAAGGUGUGUGUUUUUUUUUAUAAAACGGAACGGAACAAACGGGAAAAGCGUAGCAACUGCACACAUUUAAUCGCAUGUUAAAAUGUGGCGCCUAGGAUAGUGAGGGGGAAAACGCACAGGGCUCCGGAUCGAAUCCGGAGACUCGCUGCUGCAGCUUUCCGACGCGGAAUGAAAAGAUGCUGUGAACACUUAAAACUUAAGCUUAAGCAGAGCGCAAGCAUGGAGAGUAGCUUCAGGUUAGCGGUUUAGUGAGGAGGAAAGCGUUUCCUUUCGAUUGUUUGUUAGUAAAAGCAACAAAAAAAAUGGCAGACCAAAUUUCGUAAUAAAGCUUGAUUUUACUCAGUAUUUGAUAGAAAGCAACACGUAGAGACGCAAUCGCAAAGUUUCGCAGAAUAUGAAAUAUUUUUAAGGAAACGUUCAGAAGAAUGAUGAAAUUUGUAAAAAGAAAUCCUAGGUGUGCACAUUAUUAUACGGUUACGAGAACAAAGAUAAUAUCUCUAACAAACAAAAAAAAGUACACGUAGUUACGAUUAGAGGGAUAUGAAAAAAUAGAUAUCUCACCAAAUUUGGUUCAAGUCUAAA